AUGAAAAAGCCAACUUCAAGCACCAAGAUGAAAAGUAUAUCCAACAACAAAAAAAGUGACAAGACGCUGGAGACACUGAACGGAGCUUUAGCCUCUGAACAAAUUUUGAAGAAGACCAAAAAAUCACAAUAUCCAACAAUAUUAGUGUUUUACUACAGGAACCAUAAGAAAAUAAAUUCAAAUCAAAUAGAGAAUGACCAGUCCCAAGACAACUCCAUCAAUCCAAUCCAAGAUGAGGAGGACAGAGACCUAGAUCUAUGUGAAGGAUCUUCACAGAAGGACGAAGACCUAGACUCAUGGGAAGGAUAUUCAAAAGAGGAUGAAGACCUAGAUGACUCAGCUGAAGGAUGUUCACAGGAGGACGAAGACCUCGACCCAUGGGAAGGGUCUUCACAGAAGGACGAAGACCUCGACCCAUGGGAAGGAUCUUCUCAGAAGGACAAAGACCUCGACCCAUGGGAAGGAUCUUCACAGAAGGAUGAAGACCUCAACUCAUGUGAAGGAUCUUCACAGGAGGGUGGACAGGAUUAAUCCACAUGU